GUUGUUGAAUCACGAAUAAGCACUCUGAAGAUCACAAAACCAUUAUCUACUUUAAAAUUUGAACUCAAAUUCUUUGCCCAAACCCCAGUUUCCAUGGCUCAAUCCGUUUCUCAUUUCUUGUCGAAGCUCCCUGUGAUGAUCAUAGCCUUCCUGGUAUUGACUAAUGGUUGUGGCACGUUAGGCUGCAAUUACACAUCCAUCAUCAGCUUCGGCGAUUCAAUCGCCGAUACUGGAAACAGUCUUUACAGUAAAUCCGGAGGUGGUGCAGAACUCAACCUGCCCUACGGGGAGACAUACUUCCAUCGGCCCACAGGUCGAUUCUCAAAUGGCCGUCUGAUCAUCGAUUUCAUUGCUGAGUCUCUGGGGCUUCCAUUGGUACCCCCAUACCUUGGAGGCGGAGACUUUAAACACGGAGUGAAUUUUGCAGUGGGAGGAGCUACGGCGCUUAAGGCCUCCUCCGACAACUCUCUGGAUGUUCAGCUCGGAUGGUUCCAAAAGCUAUUGCCUUCUCUUUGCAACUCUUCCUCAGAUUGCAAUGAAUUCUUUAGAAGAUCUCUAUUCCUUGUUGGAGAGAUUGGAGGGAACGAUUACAAUUACCCAUUCUUUCAAGGAAUAAGUGUUGAAGUGAUUCAAGCCUUGGUUCCUAAAGUCAUCAAUACCAUCUCUUCAGCCAUCACUACGUUAAUCACUCAUGGUGCUGCGACACUAGUGGUUCCUGGGAACCUACCAAUUGGAUGCUCUGUCGAGUAUCUAGCAAUUUUCAAGAGUCAAAACAAGGAUGAUUAUGACCCUCAAAGUGGUUGCUUAAAUUGGUUGAAUGAAUUCUCACAAUAUCAUAAUAGUCUACUUCAGAAAGAGCUUGAUCGACUACAAACUCUCUACCCUAAUACGACCAUCGUCUAUGCCGAUUACUAUAAUGCAUCCAUGCUCUUUUAUAGCUCUCCGGCUCAAUAUGGAUUCAGUGGAUCGACUAACAAAGCAUGCUGUGGAGGGGGCAAUUUUGAAUCGAAUCAAAUAUGUGGGUCUCAAAAGUGUGGGUCUCCUGGUGCAAGUGUUUGCAGCGAUCCAUCGUCGUACGUGAGCUGGGAUGGUAUUCACUUAACUGAAGCAGCUUAUAGAUGGAUGGCCAUGAGUAUAGUACAAGGACCAUACAUUGUCCCUCCUCGCAUCAAUAUGUCAUGCGUACCACUGUCAAAGAAAGUUUCUGAUUAUUCAUUAACACAGGAUGUGAAUAGAGUAUUCUUACUGUGGCAAUCUUCCCCUUCUUCACUCACUAACUCCAUGAGUAGGCCAUUGGAGGUUCCUCUUGAAACUAGGAGUUGGAUCGGUUAAAUUCUCAAGGAAAUAAUGCUCUGGUUGGUACCAGAUUAGCCAAUGUUUUGGGGGUUUUGGUUUUCUACUCGAGUGUAUACAGAAAAGUGGGAACCCUUGUGUAGAGGUUACUUUUCUUUUGUUGCUACAGGCUUCUCUGUUUUGGCUCUUUUUGCCUGUUUCUGACUCUAAUCCUCUUC